AUUGCAUACUAUGGACUUUUUGCUCUCUCACUCAUUGUGUCCUGGAUUCUUAGGAAGGUUGCUGCUCCUCUCAUGGAGAAAAUCCCAGGGAUUAAUAGCUUUCACACAACACCAAGCAGGGAGUGGUUUGAAACAGAUGCUGUACUGCGAGUUAGCCUGGGGACCUUUCUCUUUUUCACUAUUUUGGCAAUCUUGAUGAUUGGUGUAAAGAGACAGAAAGACCCAUGUGAUGGUGUUCACCAUGGUGGUUGGAUGAUGAAACUUAUUUGCUGGUGCGUUUUGGUAAUAUUUAUGUUUUUCCUUCCAAAUGGGAUCAUCGGCUACUAUGGGUUCGAGUUUGUAAUUUUGUGCGAUUAAUUGAGUCGGAAAAAAGCAUAAAGGACUGAAUUAAGGAUGUGGGCAGCUUCUUGCCGGACGGUGGUGUCAGGGAUAAGCCGGCGUUCAGCUAGGAUUGCAUACUAUGGACUUUUGCUCUCUCACUCAUUGUGUCCUGGAUUCUUAUGGAGGUUGCUGCUUUUCUCAUGGAGAAAAUCCGGGGGAUUAAUAGCUUUCACACAACACUAAGCAGGGAGUGGUUUGAAACAGAUGCUGUACUGCAAGUUAGCCUGGGGAACUUUCUCUUUUUCACUAUUUUGGCAAUCUUGAUGAUUGGUGUAAAGAGCCAGAAAGAUCCACGUGACGGUGUGCACCAUGGUGGUUGGAUGAUGAAAUCAUUUGUUGGUGCAUCUUGGUUGUACUGUUGUUGGAUUUUGUGCAUAGUUGGAAUGAUAAGUGGGUUGGAUAUGAUGAGCAGUUGUGGUACAUUGCACUGCUCGUCACGUGGCUACCUUUGCCUUUUGUUGUUGUUACGCUGCAUCCAUCGGAGUUAAUAUGGACGGGGAGUAUACAUACUUCUUCACGAAGAGAGAUUGAAAAUAUGUAAAUGGAAAAAAAAAUACUGCUCGGGUUAUAAGAGACGGAAGAGGAUAUUGGAAAUCAACAAGCAAAAAAACUAAAGUAUUCGCUCAAGAUGGCUCUGAGUUGGGUAAAAAGACCACACUUAAAUACCAUUUUAAAAACUCAGCAGGUGGCAAAGUGGAUAUCCCCGCAGAAUGGAUAAUGCACGAGUAUGUAAUUUCUAACAAGCUCGUCUAUCCCUCAAUAUCAUCAAAAGAGGACGAAUAUUAUGAGGAUAUUGCAGCCUGCAGAAUUUAUAAGAAAAAAUCAGAAAUCAAAGAGCGAAGGAGCUUGAUUAAUUCUUUAAUUGGGUCCAAUCUCAUCACGACUGAUCAUAACAAUGGAAAACCACAACCAUCACUAAAGCGAAAAUUCGAAACCCUAAUCACAUCUGAUCAGUCACAUGAUACAACCAUGAAUUCGAGUUAUCUAUGUAAUAGCCAUGCUACAUUAAUAUUGGAUGGUAUGAGAACCACUUACGAGAUUGGCCAAACAUCAAAUACUAAGUUAGUACCACCUGAGAUUGGCCAAACAUCAAAUACUAACCCAACACCAUUCGAGAUUGGCCAAACGUCAUAUACUAACCCAACACUACUCGAGAUUGGCCAAACAUCAAAUACCAAUUCAACACCACAUGAGAUUCGCCAAACAUCAAAUACUAACCCAACACCACUUGAGAUAGGCCCAACAUCAAGUACUAACUCAACACCACUGGAGAUUGACCAAACAUCAAAUACUAACUCAACACUGCCUAGGAUUGUCCAAACAUCAAAUACUUACUCAACGCCACAUGAGUUUGGCCAAACAUCAAAUACUAAUUCAGCGCCACCUCAGGACAAUAUUGUGUUAACGGGAGAAGGGGUGUCUGUGGGUCCCACUGAUCAAGCCUCGACGAAUAUUUACCAAAAUCAGAGUAAUGACGGGAAAAUUGAAGGAACUAAUCUUGAUUUUGAUUUUGAUUUGGAUGGAUUGGAUGACAUAUUACUCAAUAGGUCGCCUCCAGAUGAGUCAUUUGAGAAAUACUGGCAAUCUCUUGGAAUUUGAGGUUCUUCACCAAACACUACCACCAUAUAUAACACACAAGAAGGACGUUUUGUAAUAUGAUGUUUGUGAUUCUUUUUUACCUCUCUCUAGAAGCUCGUAUCUUUUUUGCUUCCUUAGAUAUCAUUAUUUCGCCUCUUUGUUGGACCGCUCUGGGUUAUUACUAAUUAGGCUUGUAAUCAAUUUUGUAGAGUAAUUGUUUUAUAAGA